UCUAGUCAUUCCAUGAAGACAGGUAGCAAGGUAGCUAGAAUAUAAUGAUGUCCUAGUAGGUGAAGUCUAUUGACUUUCUUGUGUUCUUGGAAGAAUAUUCAGUAGAACAGGCUUCCAUCAAUGAUGGUGCGACUUCAGGUUGUCCUAGUGUUACUCUUGUUUUAUCAAGUCAAGUUUCUGAAGGCUUGGAGUCAAGAAAGUUUUAUAAAGAGCAUUUUAUCAGAGUACAAUGUUGUUGAUCAGGCCAGUCUAGGGGACACCAACAAGGAUGGAGUCAUCACAGACACAGAGUUUACCAACAACCUCUACAAGCUCGCUGAUAGUAAAGGAAAUCAUGACGACGAAGUAUCACGUGACGAGUUCAUUGACUAUUACAGAAUGUACAACCUCAGCUCCGAGCUGACUUCCAUCAUGUUUGACUAUCUCAAUGAUCAGAGCCAGAGGGACGACGUCAUCGACCAGCGGGACGUGUCUCUGACGUCAUUCUCUGGGAAAAACUAUAUAACAGUGAAUGACUACAGAGACGUACUUGAGAAGUGGAUUGGGCAGUCGGCAGAAAAGUUACUUUCUCUCUUGAUGGCACCAACUUCCAUUGGCCAUGGCGAUACCGGAGAGAUACAUUAUGACUUCUUUAUAAGCAGUGUUGAUGUUAACCGAGACAAGAUUGUGACGUUAAACGAACUGAAACAGGAACUCUCCAGAAUGAAUUCAGAGGGUCAAGUACGCAGGAGACAUUGGGUCGAUAGAACAACGCAGGCAUACAAUGCAGACCCAGUGGCCACCAACCUGGUGUUUGACUUCUGGGACAGAGACAGGGACAUGACCUUGUCCAGUUAUGACCUUCAGUCCGUUCUGAAAGAAGUUGACCUUGAUGAGGAUGGUGUGAUCAAAACAGACGAACUUAUCAGAUUCAUUGAAAGAGCCUACAAACUAAGUCACCGUGUGAUUGGAAAAUCUCUUUCGUCCUCGCUGGUGAAAUGCCCAGAACCCUGGUGGGGUAAUGAGAACUGGUCAUCGGAUCUGGACAUCACUAGAGCCAUAAUGGAUUUUGAUGAUGAUCUGAAUGGAUGGGUUUCUUUGGAAGAUUUGAACCGAUGGCUGGAGAUAUUUGAUGACAACAGCGAUUCAUCCAUCAGCAGAAGUGAAUACAUCUCAAUGCAAUGGAAGCGCUAUAGAAUCAAUAAUACGCUCUCUUCUGCCAUGUUUGAUUUAGCAGACGUGAAUGGUGAUGAUAGAAUAGAUCAAAAGGAUUGGUCGAAUUAUUUCAAAGGAGGUCUUCUUGUUAGUUUCUGUGAUGCUAAGUUCAGUUUUCAAAGUCUUAUCAGAACAGCACAACAGUUUCAACGCUAUUCAAAGGCUAACGAGAUUCGAGAAGCGACAAAGAGACAUCUCAACGAACAGCUUCAAUACUUCCGUCGCAAUCAACAAUCAAUGUCAAGCAGACGACCAAGAGACCUGUGUGCUGGUCAGCUGUCUUGCUAUGAAGGGGAGGUGUCGGAUGACUGGUGGAAGCCUGAAGCUUGGCUGUGGUGGGGUGUAUAUCUGUCUGAUGUAAGUGCCAAAUCAGACGUCUCCCCAAACAUUGGCACUUACCCCUUCGAACAAACUUUUCCUCCACAAGGCUUUCCAGGCGCCGACUUCGGAAAUCGCGACUAUACUCCAGGGUCUAGAUGGCCGCAAUGGCCCGGUAGCUACCCAACCUCUAUGUCCCAAAUGAACGGUUUGUUUUAUCCAUUCAAAAGAUCAACCGAGGAUCCAAUGAGAUUUAAUAGAAAUCAAGAGAGUAACUCCCCAAAAACAAAUCUCUUCAAUCCAUUUCGGAAUCCCCAGAGUCCGAAUCCCCAGGGAGACACUACUUCAAAAAGUCCUGAAGCUUCACAAACAUUAAACAGCGAACGUGAAUCAAGCAAGAUUGAAAGCAACAGGAACCCUCCAGCUGACAGCCAAGAAGCUAGAAGCACCUUGUUCCAAACAAGUCGUGACAAUAUCUUCAGUCAGCAGACAAAUACCAAUUUCAGCCAAGCCGCCAGCACCGAGCAAGAUGGCGACACUUCAUGGAUGGAGAGGAAAGAUCAAAAUAAAAGUCAAGGCCUUGACCCUGGGCGAUACCCGUGGGGCCUGCCUAAUAUCAACUAUCCUCCACCGCCAUUUAUGUUCGGACCUGAUACAUGGGCAGCCACCAACUAUCCGUUCUGGCCAAUGUUUGGGAGGUUUAGAAGAGUUGCAGAAGAACCCGAAGGAAUGAAUGAAAAUGGCGAAGAAGAAAUGGAGAGAGUAAAACGAGAUGCCGACCACAUGGGCAAUGACACAAAUCCCAAUAAGUCCAAAACAAACGAUAAUAGCACAACAGAUAAUGACCAAACAAGUGGUUGGAGACAGGGCUUUAUUUUGCCUACGCCUGUGUUCACCUUGCCACCUUGGGAUCCGCUGCUGAUGUGGAUGACCGAGAGAGAUUUGUGGGAAGCUCUAUUGGCAGAUGAUUGGAAAGAUUUCAACAAUGGCAGCUCUUCCGAAAGAAAUAGUACAAGCCAGGCUCAAUCUGAGAGUGUCUCAAGUGAAAGCAACGAACAGAGAAACCAAGAUGGAAGCGAGAAACCCACAGACGAUACGAACAAAAGUCGAGAAAAACGUUACUUGAAUCCUGACUUUAGGGGGCAAAACUUGCGUUCUGAUUGGUGGCCAGCACGAAACUGGCCAUUUUAUAACACGAGACUCUGGCAGACACAGAGACCUUUCUGGCAGUACUUCAGCCCACAAGACUGGAGAUACCAGAGACCAUCACUCUCGCGAAACUCCUGGCCGUAUCAUAGUGCUCAAGAGUGGCCGUAUAACCAAGGCUAUGGAAAUGUUUGGUCGAACGUUGGCUUGAACUUUCCCGACAACCCUUUCCGUUCUGUACGCCGCACGAAAAGGAAAACAAGCGACACUAACGUGAAAGACAACGUGGGCACAGGCGAGAGGAGAGACUCACCCUUUAAUAUAUUGAAAAACAACUUCCAAGACUCUGAGCCAAGGAAUUCACCAUUUAACCAAUGGAAAAACCCUUUGCAAGAAAGCGGCAGAGACAUGAAAAGCGAUAAGUCGGAGAACGCGGACAGCACCUGGAGAAGUGACUCGAAGACAUUUUCGACUAAUUGGAAUUCCAACAUGAAAAACGAUUUUUGGAAAAAGAAUGACAAAAUCGACGACUCUCGUGAAAGGCUGCUUCAGAGACUUCUACAGUCUUCCCAUGAAAAUGGUGAUUUUCUAAGAAAAUACGGUCCUCAGUACAGCGGUGUUAACCAGGAACCCACAGAAGCAUUCAGGGGCAGACAAACAGAUGCCAAAUAUUCACCAUUUCUUUUUAAUCAGUUGGCCAAUAACUUCUGGAGAAAUGCUGUACCUCAAACGACGACCUAUCCAUUUCAAUCCAGACAUUGGUCAGAACGAUUUGAAGUCGGGUCGAAUGGUUUAAACCCCUUCAAUACUUUCUGGCCAGGUUUUUACUUUCAGGAAAAUGAUUUUUCCGAGGGCGAUGUUCUGAAAGAUUUCGAGAACGUUCCUUCGGUCCCAGAAUGGAUAAGAGGAUAUGACGAUUCUCUGUAUCAUAUAAGAUCUCGCAUUUUCAAACGAGAUGAUAGUCAACCACGUGACUCGACGGAAGAAGAUAAUGGUGGAACGAAUGGAAAUACUUUUGAAGAAGAUAAAGAAUUGAAGAAGGAUGAAAACGUCAGCGGGUCGUCCAGGAAAAAACGCUGGAGCUUACGUGAUUAUCCCAGCAAUUCAAACCGGCUGGAUUGGGUCCUCACAAGAUGUCAAGAGUGGAGAGAACAAAUACACAGAAAUUGCCGAGGAGAUGGGCGAUGUUUUCAGGACUAUUGGUUCGAUAAUCAGCAAUAUUAUUACUGGGACUGGAUAUGCCCGUAUUUCUGGAGCGAUAUUUACAACGACAGAUAUGGAUCGUGGAGAAAUGCAUUUCCCCAACCAAACUAUAACACAUGGAGAGGUGUAUUCCCUUAUCAGUUGGCCAGGUGGAAACGAUUCAAUACAAACUACUUCAAACAUCAGGAAGAUUAUCAGAGUCCUGCUUCGUGGUACCAAAGCAACUCUUGGGAGACAGCAAAUAGAAACUGUAAAGAACUCAAUCUUGCUCUGAACAGUGACAUUCCCUGGAGAAGCUGGAACAUGCUGCGUUACCUUCAGAGCGAGAUUCGAGAUCUACCCGAAGAUUUCAGAAAUGUGCAAUACCUUCGUGAGCGAGGCAGUGCAAGAAGCAACAUUUACCUCUGUGUCAGAAAAGAUGCUCAGAAUCAACAGUACAAAUACAUUACACGAAAAGAAAACACUAAUUGGUCAGGGCAGGCCAGACCAUGGGGUAACGUGAAUAGGAACUUUGAUAAAGAUUUUGACAUAACAGGAAUGUGGCGAAAGAAAAAAGAAACAGCAGAGUCAGAGAGCAAAGAGUCAGUGGAAGAAACUCCAGAAGGAAGAAAGAAACGCUGGAGCAGCGAGAAUUGGUUCCCUGCAAUGAGUUAUCGCAACAUUGACUGGCCAUUCACUGGAAACAAUCAGGUUCCGUCUUGGAGUAACAACCAGUGGUAUAGCAGUGACUGGCCCUGGCAGAACAGAGCAUGGCGCUACCUGUGGAGAAAGAAAAAAGAAACAGCAGACUCCGUUAGCAAAGAAACUAAAGAGCCCGUUAAGCAGACUAUGGCAGGAAGAAAGAAGCGUUGGAGCAAUGUAAAUUUGUUUCCUUCAUUGAGCUAUCGUAAUACUGACUUUCCACCCAUUGGAAAUAGCCAAGUUCCGUCUUGGAGAGAUAAUCAAUGGUACAGCUACAUUACCAGAAACAGCGGCUGGCCUUGGCAGAACAGACCAUGGCGCAACAUGGAUUCAUACAGAGAUUUCGAUAGAGCUGGACUAAUUUGGAGAAACAGAAAAGAGACGGCAGGUUCCAAGGUACAAGAAACGAAAGAGGGAGUUAACCAAUCAGCAGGAAAAACAAAACGAUGGGAUACUAGGAGUUGGUUCCCUUCAUCGCGUUUAUCUAAUUUUGACUGGCAAUACUUCGGAAACAGUCGUCUGGGUAACCAGCAGUCCUGGCAGAAUAACUUAAGACCAUUCAACCCAAUAGAUUCUUCCUAUUACCCUAACAGUAUGUAUCGCUAUUCACCGUUCACUAAAGCAACGAGUCCAGUAAACUGGAAUGAAUGGUCCAUGUCUGACAGAUACUCCACAGAUUCAGACCAGACAGCCAGCAGCUUGUCCUCCAGAUCUGCAGAGCAAUUGGAAUCAAAUAGCGAGCAGCAGUGAGGAGCAGAUGUACACCAGAGAUCGCAUCAAACUUGAUAUUAUGGACUUAAUGCUGUACAGAGCUGCUGUAGCCAACGGACUAAGAACGAGACUAGUAAAUUGUCAACCAAAGAUGACAGCAUUCUAAUAUAUAUAUAUACUUGUUAUUUGUUCAAUGUAUCACUUGACACGAAAUAAGUCAGUUAUUUAAAACUCUGCAUUCAAAAUGUUUUGUUCAAUAAACUUAUUUGAUGAUGUACAGUCAUAUCAAGAUAAACUUGACUCAAUCUACUUUCUGGUGAAUGCGUUAUUCACAAAUGCAGAUCUUUGUCAGUAUUUUUCUCUAUUCAACUAAUCUGUACAAUGCAAGCAGCAAUCUCAAUAGAAGUAUGGCGAUU